AUGAGGACAUAUUGGGAACGUGACCCUGAUUUUAUAUCACUUGCCUCAUUGAAACCUUCAAAAUCUCGGACUACUUUGGAAAUAGUACGAGAUGGACCAGAAGGAGAUAUAAUCGGUUAUAAAGAAAUAACAAUUGGGGAAUCCACCAUUACUUCUCAAAAUUCAACAUCAUUUUUACGUGAACCUGGUGCAUUGAAAAAUUUUGUAAGGGGAAAGUCCAGUUAUCUUCCGUUUGCACCUGGUGGAUUGGAAUCCGAAGUGAUUGUUGAUACAAUAAAUGAAAUUGCUAAAGAAACAGAUGCAUUGAUAUUUGGGGAAGAUGAAUUAUUAACAGUACCUCCGGGAUUCGAACGUGGCUUGAGUUAUGAAGACGAACUACCUCAAACAAGCUCGAUGCAGAAUAAAUUUGUAACCGGGUUAAAUAUUACAGAUAUGAUAGCACACGAAGAGGAUGAACUUGCAGAACUUCUUGAACCUAUUGAUGAGGAUGUUUCAGAAAAAAGCUCUAAAACUCAACCUAUAGUUGACGAUGUACCAGAUUCAAAAUUCAUACCUCCAGCUAAAGAUGAAAUGGAAAAAGUUUUUGAUAGCCUUUUACCUACGCAAGGUUCAAAUGUGCCAACUAAAUCAACAAGUAAUACCAGUAAUCGCAAAUGGGCUCAUGUUGUCAAUAUUAACGAUGAUCUUCCUAAUUUCAAAGACUUAGUACCAGAAAUGGCGCACCAAUACAAAUUUGAGUUGGAUAUUUUUCAAAAGCAAGCAAUAUAUCAUCUUGAAAAUGGUGAUUCCGUAUUUGUAGCUGCACACACAUCGGCAGGAAAAACUGUCGUUGCAGAAUAUGCUAUUGCCCUUUCAGCCAAGCAUAUGACACGUGCAAUUUACACUUCUCCGAUUAAAGCGUUAUCUAACCAAAAGUUCUAUGACUUUAAACAGACUUUUGAUGAUGUUGGAAUUCUUACCGGUGAUAUACAGAUCAAGCCCGAAGCCUCUUGCGCCGAUCUAAUCAAAGAAAUUGAGUUUGUGAUAUUCGAUGAAGUACACUAUGUAAAUGAUUCGGAGCGUGGUGUUGUUUGGGAAGAAGUCAUCAUUAUGCUUCCUCCUCAUGUUCAUCUAGUCCUUUUAUCAGCAACUGUUCCAAAUACUGAGGAAUUUGCUGAAUGGAUUGG